UGAAUUUAUCUCUCACAUGGUACUAGAGUUCUAGUUUUUUUUAUCUGGUCCUCAAAUUUUAUAUUUCAUCCUGCUUCUCUUGUACAUCAUGUUUUCGAUUGCUUUAUGUGAUUAUGGCAUUAUUCCAAUAUGUUAGUGACUAAAUAACUACAAAUUAAGAUAAGAAGAAGAUAACCUUCUGAAUUUCCAGUGUGCAGCUGCAGGGACUUCAACAGGGGGUAGGGAUUCCUUCUUCCAGCCAAGUAAAGCAUCAAAAGCAUUGAAGUGGAUUUUGGUGCCACUGCUUAUGUGCUUAAGAACCAAACAACUGUCCCCAAACAUCAUCUCUGGUCGCCUUCCUACUUGUCUCCAUAACUAAUUAAUCGUCCUCCUCGCCACUGCACAAUGGGUUACGAGAACGAUCUCUAUCGCGAUGAAGAUGGCGAGCCGUUGAUGGAUUACGACGACGAAUUUCAAUCUGAUCACGGUGAUGAUAACAACAAUCAACAUCAAAACCUCCUUGAUCACAAUCUUGAUGAUGAAUUGGAAGAUAAUGAUUGGCAGAGUCAUAGGCAGGAACGGUCUCGCUGGGAUGAUCUAGAUAGUGGCAGUAGGAAGAGGAAGAAGUUUUUCAGUGGUGGUAGGAGUAGUAGAAAGAAGAGGGAGAAGAAGUUGAGUGCUUCCAAGUUCUCGGAUAGAGGAGGGAGAUCAAAUGAGAAAGGUGAGUCGAAAUUUAAGGUAAAUAGUAAGGGUGGGGGGAUGAUGCAGAAGUUAAAGAGAUGUGGGAUACAAUUAUUGGUGGCGAUUCAGAGGUAG